UUCCCUGGCCCUGGCAGGCAUCAACCCCCUCAGUCAGUCUGACCGCCCACAGUCCGGGGGGAGAAAGUGCUGCUUUGUGAAUGACGGGAGCGGCGGAGGGAGGACAGAAAACAAACUUUACCAAUCAUAUCUAGCGACGGGCUUUUACACUGAGCUGAGAAGUUUGCACUGCGCUGCAGGAGGAUACCUUGCAGGCGAGCGCCGAGCAAAAGCAAAGCUGCCCUGCUGUGGAGGCAUUUCAGAGCUGUAAAUCAUGGUGGUCAGUUUGGCUUGUGUUGCCUGUCUCUGGCUGGUGGUGGUUGUUAAUGGUGACCCCUGUCUCAUCAUCAGUGAGAUUAAUGCUGACAACCCAAGACUGGACACCACUGAGUUUGUGGAGCUGUAUCACACCAGUGGACAGCGGGCUUCAUUAGAGGGCUACACCCUUGUGUUCUAUAAUGGAAAUGGGAAUAUAGCCUACAAAGUGCUGGACCUUAAAGGUCACAGCACGGAUGACAGGGGUUUCUUCCUGGUGGGCUCGGUGGACAUGAUGCCCAAACCGGCCAUUCUCCUGCCUCCAAACACGGUCCAGAACGGCCCAGACGCCAUCGUCCUCUACCACACGUCUGCGGCCCGCUACAGCGAAAAGAUGAACGUCACCGCCGUCGGGCUGGUGGACGCCAUCGUCUACAUGACUCGCCGAACCGGAGGCGCGGAGUUCCUGGCGGAGACGCUGACCCCCGGAGAACCGGCCUUCGUUGAGGACGAAACCACGCUUGAAGGGGAUGAGUCAAUCGAGAGGUGCCUGCUGUCGGAAGAUCGGUGGGGCUUUCAGGUGUCCUCACCCUCCCCAGGUCAGCGAAACAACUGCACCCCACCUGCUGCUGAGGCAACUAUGCCCGUCAUUACUGAGCUGAAGCUGGGUGGAGGACAGGUGGACGGGUUUGUGGAGCUAACCGAGGCUUCGGCUGCAGGACCUCUGGUACUGGUAGUGUGGGAUGGGAAGAUGGACCGGGUGAGUGUCGCCGUGGACGUGGAUGCGGACAGCUCCAGGAAUGGACUGAUCUCCAUGACCAUAGAGAAGAGCUACAUGAAAGGAGAUGAGUCUGGGGCUGUGGCUCUUUACAGCGGCAGAGCUACAGAUUUCCCAGUGCGCAGUCCACUGAGCGAGAUACAGCCAAUAGAUGCAUUUGUAUUUGCUGGGCCCGGAAACAAGCCUAGUGCCAACCUCACCGAGACCCUCAUCCCCGGAAGGCAGCCGUACCAGCUGAGCAACAGUUUGAGGGAAGGAGGCUUUUAUCUGAGUCGCUGUGGUGUGGCCACCUGGGCCAGAGAUCCUGGCAUCUUCUGGGAGGCUCCACAAACCCCUGGGCUGCCCAACCAGUGCCCCUGGCCAAAGAUCUGCCCUCACAGUAUCUGGAUCCCAGGAGGCACGGAUUCGACGCCUCACCUCCCGCCUUGGGGGAACAGUGACUUCCUGAUCAAUGAGCUGAACACCGACACGCCUGGCGCAGCGGAGGACGGAGAGUACAUCGAGCUGUGGCACCCAUCCGGACGCAGAGUCUCCUUGCAGGGCAUCUGGAUUCUGCUGUUCAGCGCUCACAACAACAGGCCUUACCGGGAGAUCAGCCUGAGCGGACACUUCACCACUUCCAAGGGAUAUUUUCUGCUGGGCAGUGACAGGCUGGUGCCGGCCCCGUCGCUCCGCCUGCCCCCCAACACCAUCCAGAACGGUCCUGAUGCUGUGGCGCUCUACCGCAGCCCUUACGGCCCGCCGUCAGCUACUCAGAAGGGCAUCCCCACUAAAGGCCUGCUGGAUGCUGUGGUUUACCGGCAGAGAGGAUCAGACAGGGAGGCGCAGGAGCUGAGUAAAGCUCUUACCCCAGGACAGCUGCCACUGCUGGAGGAUCCUGAGGUGUUGUCGACUGAUGAGUCCCUGAGCCGCUGUAGAGGCCUUUACCCCCAUGACCUGUCUGCUUUUUCCGUGGCCCCUCCCACCCCUCUGAGGGAAAACAGCUGCCCCCGCCCUCCUCCGGCUCCCGAGGGUGUGGUCAUCAGUGAGGUGGCUAGUGGGCACUGGACCAAUCACAGCCAGCAGAGGGCAUUUGUGGAGCUGCAGGGACCACCCAUGACAGACCUUCAGGGCCUGGUGCUCUCCGUGUUUGACCAGGAGCGCUCUGGGACCGUCAUCGCACUCCCUUUGACUGGAUCCGUUGACCAGGAUGGAUUUUACAUCAUAGGGAAUAUCACAGGAGCAGAUCAGACCUUCCCGGAGGGCUCCACGGUGCCGGUAAGGGGAGCGGUGGUCCUGUGCUACGACCUGUUCAGCGUCUGCAGAGCUGGCACUGCUCUGACCAACUCCAGCCUCAGAGAUGUGCUCGCGUUUAGUGAAAGCCAGCAGCUGCUUUCCUCUCUGUCCACCACUAGAGGGAGACAAGUGAUGCCGGCUCUCAGGUCGGUGGAAGACGGUCUCGUCUCACUUAGCCGGUGUUCAUGCUGUGAGGUGAGGAGCCCCUCCUCCUGGACAAGCUCCUCGCCUACGCCCCGCAACACCAACCUCUGUCCAAGCUCCGCCUUCUCAAGUGAAAUCGAUAUUUGCCUCGAGCCUCUGUCCAGUGACUGGCAGGAUCAGUCAGGAGGCUGCACUGGUCAGAUCCAUGGGAAGAGGGUGGCUGAGGUGGCUGACUACUUGGAGCAGAGGUGUCACUGUGGCAUUUCUGCCCUGUACCUCCAAGGGGCCAAUUUUUCUUGUGUGUCCGGGUGGCUGCGAGUGUGGGGGAACAUCCAGGCGCUGUCUGACCACCAGAAGGCUCUCAUCCUUCAGACAUCGCACAUGAAUCCUCCGUCUGCUCAGGGAAACGUCUGUCGUUACACAAGCACAGCAUCCGCCCUGGGGUUACAGAUAGGUCUGAUAAUAGGUGUGCUCCUGCUGCUGGGACUAGGAGCUGCUCUUUUCACGUAUUUCUACAGGAGGAGGCGUCCUCUGGACUACUACACCAUGGAGCUGAGUGAACACGCAGAGGGGCUGUCGGAUCUAUAAUCCAGGCUUCGCGUCUGGCGGCGUGCGUGGGAGGACUUCAUCAGGGGGCGCAAGAGACGGGGGUAAUCAGAGGCUCAUUUGACGUGUACGUAACUAACUACGCGGCCGUUGUGAAAGCGAGGCCACCACAAGUGUCCUUCUCUGUAUCUUUGGAAGAUCACUGAUGAAAAUGACUUGCAAUUGUCAGCGGUGCAGUCGCAUCCCGAGUGUGGUGGCAGUAUCUCGCGGCACUGCUGACGUCCAAUUAGGCAACCCAUAAGCUGAAUUUUAGAAGGAAAGAAAAAACAUGUUGUUUUUUUGUUUUUGUUUUUUUGGAUGGACAACCUUUGCCUGUGAACAGUGCUGGUUACUACUUUUAAGAAACGGAAAGAUAUAAGAAAGGGAUUAUUGUGUUUGUUUUUUUUGAGUCCUAAAUGGUCAUUUUUGUUGACUCGUUAAAUAUUACUGUGGAUAAAGCUUUUACAUGUACAAAUUUAAACAACCAUGCUUUUGAUUUAUGCAGCCAGCUCAUCCAGUACUUUAACAUCAGCCUCCAUGAACAAGAUAAUUCUUUCUUUGCAUUUAUCCUUCAAAAUGGUCCCAUUUCCUGCUUUGUUUCCCUGAUACUUGGUGUAGCUUUCAUUGUAGACUCUAAUCACUCCAAGGCCUUUAAAUGUGAAUGUCUCUAACUUGUAAUGAUUGUCUGUAACCACUUUUGUAUGCCUGCUCAAAGCAAACUGUUUACAUUUCCUUGAUUGAGGAUUAGGAGAGAAGUGUGUGCGAUUCUGAUGAAGUAAGGCCUUCAGUGGAGAGUGUUCAGAGCUGUUCUGUGUUUCACCCGGCUCAGAGACCUCUCCUGUGCCUUUGACCUGUGCGUUAUUUGAGUAUUUGAAUAGCUGAUUCCUCGCCUGUUAGAGGACCAGCGCAGCGUUCUCUGCUGUAGCCACGACUGUCAAUACUGUAGAUACGAUGUUAGCGUUCUCAGGAGGGGGUGGGGAGGGGGCAUUUUAACGGCAAUCUAAAACGAUAAGUUAUUGUAGAAACGCCUUUUAAUAGAUCCUUUAGUAGCUCGCUCAAAAUAACCCUUAAACUGCCAAGACAAAGUGCCAUGAAAGAACUCUGAUAUGCUCUGUCGACGAUAAUGUUUUCCACCUUCUCUUUUGUUCUAAUCUCACAACACCAAGCUAUUUCAGUCCUGUGAAAUCAGUACUUCCCGUGAAGCUCUGUUUAGAAGAAGAAGAAGAAGAAAAAAAGAAGAAACCAAUGUUAAACAAAGGUACUUGACUACUUUUGUUGGCGUUUGCAGAGGCAAUUUCCCCUUGAAUGUUUUUUGUCACAGUGUGUUUGAAAUGUAUUAUAUGCUUCUAUAUUUUUAGUUUUUUUUGUGUAAUUUAGCGCACGCAGGAGGCUAAAAGAAAAACAGAGGAAGGAAAUUGCAACACAAGAUUAAAGAUUUUAUUGACAUGCAAAAGUUCUGAAUACAAUGUGUGAUGUCUCCAUCUUAAAGAAGGCUAAAUGACGCCGAAAGCCUGGACGGUGACGUGUUGCUGUAAGUUUUUUGUUUGUUCUAAUCACAGCCCAGUUCACAAGAAAACAAAAGAAGCCCGCAUCUUCUCAGAGGGCACUAAAACGCCACAUGCAGUAAAUAUUCAAUUUCUACAAAUAGAGAACGUGUCUCACGGGAAACGGUUGUCGGAAAGCUUUCGGUAAUCUGCAUCCACAAGUGUGACGUUCCAGUUUGUUUCCUUCCGAUGCCGUGCACGUUUCGCAGGUCUCAAAUAAAAUACUUCCACAGGUGUGCAUUGAA